AUGUCAUCCAAAACCACCAGCGGCUAUGCCGUCAUCACCGGAGCGGGCGGCGGCAUCGGCAAAAACAGCUGCUUCUCCUUCGCCGAAUCCGGCGCCUCCGGCAUCCUUCUCGCAGACCUCUCUCUCUCCUCCGCCCAAACCGCCGCGCAAGAAUGUAAAUCCUACGCAUUCAACCCCGACUGUCUCAUCCUCUCUAUACACAUCGAUGUAACAGACGAAUCGGCACCAGCACGCCCUCCCCUCUCCGAAUUCGACCACAUCCUCAGCACCAACACGUGCGGCACGCUCCUCUGCAACCGCGCCAUGCUCCUCCAAGAACCUCUCUCCUACCAAGGCCGCUACACCACGCGCUCGCUCGAACGCGGCUGCACCGUGAAUCUCAGCUCUGCGAAUUCCGUCGUGGCGUUUCCAGGGAAGACCGCCCACACCACCGCGAAACAUGCUGUGGUUGGAAUUACGAAAUCUGGAGCAGUCGACUACGCCCCCUACAACAUCCGCAUCAACGCCAUCUGUCCGACCGGGGUGGCCGGCCCCAUGAACACGCACGAAGCAGCUCUCAACCCGCACUUCGAGCACAUGGUGCAAGCCGUCGUGCCGCUGAAGCGCGUGGCGCAGCCCGAUGAGGUAGCCGAUGCUAUUCAUUUUCUGUGCAGUCUGGCUGCGACGUAUAUCACGGGUGCGACGUUGAUUGUCGAUGCGGGGUCGGGGUUGACGGUGCGUUUGUUUUAG